CCCGCUCCGCUCCCCGCGGAGGCAGCGCGGGUCGGGCGCGGAGCCGUCCCGCUCCGGCCAUGGCCUAGCGGCGGCGGCCGGGGCGCAAGAUGAGUUUCCCGGCGGAGGACGGCGUGGGCAGCCUCUGCCACAAGGCGCUGCAGAUCAUCUCGGAGCUGUGCCUGGGCGGGCAGGUGGAGAGGGAGAAGUGCGCCGGCAUCUUCCCCCUGGAGAGCGCCCGGCAGGGCAUCGGCGGCGCAGAUGUCUCAGUCAGUCUCUUAGCAGUGGUGGUCAGCUUCUGCGGGCUCGCCUUGCUGGUGGUCUCGCUUUUUGUCUUUUGGAAGCUGUGCUGGCCCUGCUGGAGGAGCAAACCCCUCACCUCCAGUGCCAGCAAUGUCCCACAGAGCAACUCCAGUGCUCCCACGGAGGUUUUGGAGAACAGCGAGAAAAAGGAAGUCAAAGAAAAUGGGAAAGCUACGACCAAGGUGCUUGAAGCUGCGCUGAAAAUCAGCCACACUUCACCUGAUAUACCAGCAGAGGUGCAGAAUGCGCUCAAGGGGCACCUGAUCAGACAUGCUCGGAUGCAGAGGCAGAUCACGGAGCCCACGUCCUCAUCAAGGCACAAUUCCUUCAGGAGGCACUUGCCAAGGCAGAUGCAAGUGUCCAGUGUUGAUUUUAACAUGGGGACAGACCCGGUUUUGCAAAGGGGAGAGACCACAACCAGCAUUGGGAGAAUAAAACCAGAACUCUACAAACAGAAGUCUGUGGAUUCUGAUGGGCAACAAGAAGAUGUGAAAACAUGUGGAAAACUUAACUUCACUCUCCGGUACGAUUAUGAGAAUGAACUCCUGGCUGUCACAAUUGUCAAAGCCUUAGAUCUGCCUGCUAAAGACUUCACAGGAACAUCUGACCCCUACGUUAAGAUUUAUCUGCUUCCAGAUAGGAAAAAGAAGUUUCAGACACGAGUUCACAGAAAGACAUUAAAUCCAGUCUUUGAUGAAACCUUUCAGUUUCCUGUAGCCUAUGAUCAACUCAGCAACAGGAAAUUGCAUUUCAGUGUUUAUGAUUUUGACAGAUUUUCUAGACAUGACAUGAUUGGGGAAGUUAUUCUUGAUAACCUUUUUGAAGUCUCAGAUCUCUCCAGGGAAGCCAAUGUAUGGAAAGACAUCCACUGUGCCACCACAGAAAACAUAGAUUUGGGUGAGAUCAUGUUUUCCCUUUGUUAUUUGCCUACUGCUGGGAGAAUGACUUUGACAGUCAUCAAAUGUCGGAAUCUCAAAGCAAUGGAUAUAACUGGUGCAUCAGAUCCGUAUGUCAAAGUGUCGCUGAUGUGCGAGGGACGGAGGCUGAAAAAGAGGAAAACAACCACAAAGAAGAACACACUAAAUCCUGUUUAUAAUGAGGCCAUCAUCUUUGAUAUCCCUCCAGAGAACGUGGACCAGGUCAGCCUCUCCAUUGCAGUGAUGGAUUAUGACAGAGUAGGGCACAAUGAGGUCAUUGGAGUGUGCCGGACAGGAAUUGACGCCGAAGGCCUUGGAAGAGAUCACUGGAACGAAAUGUUGGCUUACCCACGUAAACCAAUAACUCACUGGCACCCGCUAGUAGAGCUACCUGGCAGAGCAACCAGUUUUGACAGCCAGGGAUCCUGUUCCUCACCCAAACCACCGCUUACACCCUAGGAGGCAGAAUGGAUCCAUCGUGCUCAGUGUCCAAAGCUCCCCCUAGCUCACAUCUACAUCAACAGAAGGUUUGCAUUCUGCAGAUGAACUGUAUGCACAUUUUUUUAUCAAAAUACAUCUUUCCUAUUCUAAGUCUUAUACAGCAGUUUAUAACAAUUUAUUAAAGUGUGAAUGAGGCUGACUCGAGUCAAAUAUAACCCUUCCUUGUGCAAAUUCAUCCACCUGCUUUAGCUCUGGCAUAUAUUCAGGCUCGUAUUCAAGCAGUGGUUUGAUGGGGCCUGUAUCAUUUCAGAGGCAAAGAAACCAGAAAAAAAGAUCUUUUAAGUAAUUGAAAACUUCUGCACCUUUUAACACCUAAUUCUUUUGAGUAAAUAGUCAUAGACAGCUCAUGUAGUAAAUUCCUUCUAAAUUGCACUAAAUUCUCUAUGACUUUGCAAGAUAGCACUUCAAACUGAAUGUUGCAUGAAAAAAACCAACUGUUGUCAUGUUCUGAGUAGCUGGAAAAUCAGUUCAUUCCUUGGGCAGGGAGGAAGGGCUGAUUUAAAGCCCACUGGAGCCAAUGAGGCAGAUCUACUGACUUCAAUGGGUUUUAGUCCAGCCCUUCUGAAACAGGUAUGAGAACUGGAUCUAUGCAGUUAUAACCUUCCAGCACUCAUGAUGACAGCUGCAUCUUUACACAAGUCAAUCUACAGAGGAGAGAAUGCUCAGACAUAAAGGAAUUGAUUUAAUGUGAUUUAUCUCUUCACAAAAUUGACCAAAUAUUGCAGUUACCCACAACAUUUUAGUGAUUCUUGAUUUAAUGUGACAGACUUAGAUUUCUUUGAAGUUAUUUUUACUGAGUGCACAGCACACAUGGAAUUUAGUUUCUGGUUGCUGGCUGGAUGCCUCUAGACACAUAUGCUAAAUAUGAAUUUGAGAUGUGUUUUCUGUCAGUCUAUGGAGAGACAAAUCGAAAUGUGACUAUUUUACAAGCAAGUAAACUCAUUUAUUACAAUACACAGUGACAGCAAAUGCAAAAAUCUAUUUGCUGUAGUCAGAUACUUUAAAAACUAGAAGAGAACUGCAUAUUAUUCUGAGGAUUUAUCUCCAAACACUGCAGUUUACCUCAAUCAGAUAAAUUAGAUAGUUACUUUCUUUUUUCCUUUUUUCUUUUAUUUCUUUCUGUGAAGAGUGUAGCACAGACAGCAUGAUUGGGUCUGAGGUUUUGAAAGCUGGAUUGUAAUUAGAAAAA